AUGACACUAGCCGAAACGGCCGUCAGCCAAAUCACAGACUUAAAUCUGAAUCUGAAAAAUUACGUCUUGUUAAAAUGCACAUUCUGGCUUAUACCUACAACAGCUUGUUCAUGCACGAGACGUGCGUCUGCAUACACUCACACAUUCCAGAGGACAGAAAAGCAAAUUAUUUCUGGAAGUGACAGAUUCGACAACCGACAGAUGCGAAUAAAGGACCGCAUUUUGCAAAAGAAGAAAUAUUUAACAACUCGCAACAGCAUAUCAUCUGUAGACAGUUUAGACCUAGUUCGCAUGAACGUACCACCUUCCGCAAGAAAACGGUGGACUACAUUAGAAAGCGCUGGAAGAAGUCUUUUUGUUUUAUCAACUAUUCUUCUGCUUGUUGGAAUAAGUAUUACCAUUUUGGGUUUCAUCGAUUUAAAAAUGGCUCCAUCUCAUCAGCUUUUUUUGCAAAUAAUUGGACCUGCAUGUCUCAUGGCGACCGCGGUCAUGUGGGUUGUGGGUGGUGUAUUCUGUCGAUUGUGGACUGUUGAAAUGCAAAGGCAAAAACAUUCUAUGGAAUUGAGAACUCGAGUUCAACUUCACGCGCUUGCUAUAGACUUGCUCAAAAAUCCUCAAAUCUUUUCUACACAAGCUCUUGAAGAUCCGCAGAUACGAAGUCAACUUUUAUUAAAACUUAGACAACAAAAUGCUCUUGACACAAGGUUUGAAACGAGAUUUGUUAUGAUAUUCAUUUGCGAUCAUGUCGUUGGUUUUUAUAAUGUGCUGAAAAAAGUGAAAACUUAA